AAUUAAUAUAAGAAUUAUUAUUAGAAGAUUAUAUUCAGUAUUAGGAGAUUUAUUCUCUUAUUAGGAGAUUGUGUACAUAAUUAGUUAUUUCCUUAUUUAGGAUUAGUCUUCUUCUAUAUAUAAUGUAAUUACCCUUUGUAUUCUGAUUAAGAAGUAAUAAUACAAUUUCUCCUACUUUCAAGUUGGUAUCAGAGCUCCCGAUCUUGGGAGUUCUGCUUCUGCGAAAAAAACCCUAGCCGUCUUAUUACGGCCCUUUUAUCUGGUAACGUUUCCUGUUUUGCCACUGUUGGCUUAUACCGUUUGGAGGCCUGUGCUCUUCAUCACCGGCCUGCCAUCCUCUGUUCGUUACUCCGAUUGCACAGAGAGGGUUCCCCGUGCCUUUUGGUCUUGUUCUGAGGGUCGUUUCCUCACUUUGUUGGUGUUUUUUCUUGAGAAGCCUUUGGUUCUUCCAUUCAAGGAGAGUGCAAUCUUCUCUGUUUCUGUUAUUUUUCCACUUGUUUCCCUUCUACAGUAACAUCUCUCAGUAUGUCUGGAGACGAGAUUCCCAUACCUAAGGAGAAACUCACUUCUGGAGUGAAAGUCUCUCUUCCACCUUUGACCCACAAAGAUCUUCCGGUAUUACAAGGUUCCUUUCGCUUGGAUGGGCGCAACUACCUCCAAUGGUCUGAGCUCAUCCGUCACACUCUCAUAAGUCGUAAGAAAAUCAGUUAUAUUGAAGAAAAAGCCCCUGCUAAAACUGAUCCACAAUAUGACACAUGGCGUGAAGAGAAUUCUCUUAUUAUGACCUGGUUUUGGUACUCCAUGAUUCCGGAAAUUAGCCGGAAUUAUAUGUUUUUCCCUACUGCUAAGGAGAUUUGGAAUAAUCUGGCACAGGCAUAUUCUAAGAAACAAGAUCUCUCAGCUUGUUAUGAAUUGGAAAAUAAAGUUUUCAAUUCUAAGCAAGGAACUCUCUCCGUGACAGAUUACUAUGGGACCUUGAAUGGUCUAUGGAUUGAAUUAGAUCAGUAUCAAAAUCUGAAGAUGAAGUGUGAUGCUGACUCCACAACAUUGAAUAAAUUUAUUGAAAAAGCGCGAAUCUUUAAGUUUCUCUCUGGGCUUAACUCUGAAUUUGAUCCGAUUCGGGUCCAAGUUUUGGGUAAAGAGCAACUCCCUUCUCUCUCAGAGGUGUUCUUUAUAGUUCGUGGUGAAGAAACUAGGAGGACAGUGAUGGUGGAAGACAAAUCAGUUGAUGGUUCAGCCUUAGCCUCUGGAAAGGGUCCCAUAAAAGGAUCCACCUCUUCCGGACACCCUAACCGUGAUGAUCGCCCCAACCGUGAUGAUCGCUUCAACCGUGAUGAUCUCUUCAACCGUGAUGAUCGUUGCACUUACUGUAAGAGGUCUGGUCACACCAAAGAGUACUGUUUCAAACUUUAUGGAAGGGAAAACGUCCUUAGACGUAUGAGGGGGUCCAAAGGUGCUCCGUAGAGGCGCGCAAAUCACACAACUUCUGACAUGGAAAAUGAUGGUGAAGUCCCACCUGUACCACCAGCAGAAGAUGUCCCUAGCCUUAGCAAAGCAGAAUUGGAGCGUCUGAGAGCUUUUAUGGACUCAUUGAGUAAGCCCUCUGGUUCUUGUUCUCUCACAAUGACUGGAUCUUGCCACGGGACAGAUAAUUGGGAUUGCUAAGGAACAGGACGGGUUAUACUGUCUGCGGCACGAGGAAAGCAAGUGUCAUCAGACGAGUUCAGAGUCCUGGAAUACUUCUCAAAUAUGGUUGCGGCACAAGCGUCUUGGGCAUCCUCCUUUUAGUAUUCUUAGGACCAUGUUUCCCCAUUUAUUUUCAAAAGUGUCAGUCGAAUCUUUUCAUUGUGAUGUUUGUCAGUUUUCUAAGCAUCAUCGUUCAACUUUUCUUCCUAGUAAUAAUAAAUGUGCUCAACCUUUUGAUCUUGUUCACUCUGAUGUGUGGGGACCUUCGUCUAUUUCUAAUGUUUUUGGU